CGCAAAGGCCAACUGUUGCUUAACUCUCUCUUCUCCUUUUUCUCCUUCCCCAUCUCACCUACUCCCAUUUAUCUCUCUGAGAAUUCUCUAAGUUUUGAUUUUUUACUCUUGCCCAGAACGCUAAAGCCAUUGUUACUUGGAGGAAUCUAUUCAAGUGCGAAUCUUUUUGCUGGUUCUUGCAGUGAGCAGGAAGAGUUGCUUUGUGGCUUAAAGGGAAGAAUGUUCAAGUUACAUUAUUCUCGAGAGGAGAGACAAGCAAUGUGAAGGAAAGAUUCUGUUCACAGAAUGGUGGCUGCCAUUCCUCAACAAGUAGCAACAGCAGCUGCUACAGCCAAAAAUGGUGACUCUCAAGAGCAACAAGAGAACCCAACAACUAGUUCAGGAACAAGACCUCCUCUUUUGCCUUCUGAGAAAGAUUAUAAUGCACGCAAUGGCGUUAAUAAUCCUCGAAAACCAAGAGGAAGACAAGUUUCUUCUAGAUAUUUGUCUCCUUCUCCUUCUCCUUCUCCUUCAUCUUCCUCUUCUUCUUCAACAAAAACAACGAUUUCAGCUAAAACUCCAAGCCCAAGCCAAAGAUUUUCAUCCCCAGUCUUGUCUCGUUCCACCAAUUCACCUUCUACACAAACUACAUUUCAAUCUUUAGCUCCUAAAAGAUCGCUAUCAGUUGACAGAAGGCGACCCAUUAGUGCCACUACUCCACGCCCAACAACGGCGGUUCCAAACUCUAAACAAAUCAAUGCAAGUCAAGAGCUUUCUACUGCAACAAAAAUGCUUGUCACUUCGACUAGGAGUCUGUCUGUUUCCUUUCAAGGAGAGGCCUUUUCUCUUCCUAUAAGUAAAGCAAGGGCAAAGGCAACUCCUGAGAGGAGAAGAGCCACUCCUGUUCGAGAUCAGCCAUGGCCGAGUCGGACCCGGACAGGUUCUAACCCUUUAGCAAGGAGUUUGGAUUAUAGUGUUGAAAGUAAGAAGUUGGCCGGGGUUGGAUCUGGGUUGGUGACCAAGUCGUUGAACCAAUCUUUGAUUGAACACGAGAGUAGAUUGAGUUUGGAUUUGAGCAGUGCUAAGCAGAACCCAGAUGGGCAUUUGUUGGUAAAUGAGCCUGCUGAUCUUGUAAGUUCUGACGAUACUGAUAGUGUCUCCUCUGGUAGUACCAACACUUCUGGAGUGCCAGAUUCCGGUGUUCUUUCAAGAAUUAAAAAUGGUGCUCGUGGCAUUGUUGUUUCUGCAAGGUUUUGGCAAGAAACUAAUAGCCGGUUAAGGAGAUUACAAGAUCCAAGGUCACCAUUAUCGCCUGGCCCUGGGUCUAGAAUGAGUAGUAAUCCAUCAAAGUACUUGCAACCAAAAAGAUUUUCUAGUGAUGGUGCAGUGAAUAUGUCCCCAAGGACAAUGGCUUCUCCCAUUAGGGGAGCCACUAGGCCGUCAUCUCCGAUUAAAGUUUGGAAUGGUCCUGGUAUGUCUCCAUCAAGGGGAAUUGCUAGUCCUUCUAGAGUGAGAAAUGCGGUUGGCGGUGCAUUGAGUGGGAAAACUAGUAAUACGCCUUCAAUUCUUAGUUUUUCUGCGGAUGUAUGGAGAGGGAAGAUCGGAGACGAUCGAAUUUUUUAUGCACAUAUGUUGAGGCUUCUGUAUAACCGAUACUUACAAUGGCGGUUUGUAAAUGCUAGGGCAGAUGCCACCUUCAGGGUGCAGAAACUGGAUGCAGAGAAAAAUCUGUGGAAUGCAUGGGUAACAAUUUCAGAACUCCUACAUUCAGUCACUCUCAGAAGAAUCAAGUUACUAUUGCUGAGGAAAAAACUGAAAUUGACUUCCAUCCUCAAGGGACAAAUGUCUUUUUUGGAAGCAUGGACUCUUCUAGACAAAGAUCAUUCAAGUUCUUUACUGGGAGCAACUGAAGCUUUGAAGGCCAGUACCCUUCGUCUUCCAAUUGUUGGAAAAGCAAUCGCUGAUAUCCAAAAACUAAAGGAUGCCAUCAGUUCAGCAGUUGAUGUAAUGCAGGCAAUGGCUUCCUCUAUAUACUUGCUGUCAUCAAAGGUGGAGAACAUGAAUUCCUUGAUGGCUGAACUCAUGAAUGUGACUGCAAAAGAAAGGAUUUUUCUUGAACAAUGUAAAGAUUUCUCAUCCACUUUAGCAGCCAUGCAGGUUAAAGAUUGUAGCUUGAGAACACAUAUAAUACAGCUAAAUCGUGUACGGAAAACAAACCUGACAACAAGUGUGUAGAACUGAUCUCAUUUGACACAAUUCACACAAAUCGCUAACAUUACGAAGGCCCUCUUCUUUUUCGUGUGGGUAGAGGCACACUGGAGGUAAUAAGAAUGCGCUGAAUAGCUAGUUUUGGCUUCUUGUUUCUCAUUUUUGGAACCAGUCAUGGUCUCCUUUGCAUGUAUUCAAUGUAUCUUUGCAUCAGAAUGUUUCAAGAUGUGGCUUUUCUCCUCCCUAACUAAGGCUGUAUACAUCAACUAUUCCUGCUUUUCAGGCAAAAGAAAAGUAAUGCAUAUGUAUAUAUCUAAAAUUCAUCAUAUCCCAUCAAGUUAUCUCA